AUGCCGUCAUCCAACACAAAGGCCCGAGCUGCCGCACUGGCACCAUCAAUACACCCCAGAAUCACCCAUCAUCGCCCGCCCUCCUCCUCCUCUCACAGCCCUGCCGCCUCUCCCCACGUCGACAUCCGCAUCACCAACCACUACGCCGCCAAGGUCUACACCACCGGCGCCGUCAUCACCGGCGAGGCCGUCCUACGCACCGCCCGCGACCUCCGCUUCGACCGCGUCGCCCUACAGCUCGUCGGCCUCGCCGCCACCCGCAACUACAUGGCCCCCGAGGUCGGCCAGGUCCUGCACCGCUUCCUGCUCCUCGACAUGCCCGCCGCCGACCUCGCCGCCGCCCUGCCCGCCGACCGCGUCCUCCGCGCCGGCCGCCCCUACGCCCUGCCCUUCCGCUUCGUCGUGCCCCGCCGGCUACCGCUCGGCGCCUGCGCGUCGGCGCGCCGCUGCGAGCACCCGGCCGUUAGGGAGCACCACCUGCGGCUGCCGCCGUCCGUAGGCGGUGCGGACGCGGCGGCCGUUUGGGGAGGUCGCGAUGACGGGAGUCCGGAGACGGCCCGCGUGCGGUACUGCGUGUGCGUGGCAGUCCUGCAGAGGUCUUUCGGCUGGGCCCCGGAUCUGGUACCGGUGCUGCGCGCACACCGUGAGGUCAACGUCCUGCCGGCGUACGCCGAGGACCCCCCGCUGGAUAUCCAGUCGGGCGGUGACAAGGCCGGCGAGUACAGGCUCGCGGCGUCCAAGACGCUGCGCAGGUCGCUGGUGACGCGGAGGCUGGGCGUCGAGGCGGGCGGAGGGGCGGGAGGCGGGGGGCAGGUAGGCGAGGAUCUCGGCGAGGAUCUCGACGGGGAGCGAGUUCAUGGCGGCAGGGUGGGGAUAUUGGACAAGUUUGCGUGCUGCUGGAUGGAAAGGUGA